AUGACGGACCGCGACGGUCAUCGAUUAGGCGGCCGACGGCCUCUCUACGCAAGCUAUGGCUUCGCCUUCGCAAUAUUGCUGCUACUCCUGCGUCCCCUGCCCGCGUGCUCCCAGCAGUUCAGCUUCGACCUUUUUGACAACCUCCUGGCCAACAUGAGCCCCCCCGGUUCCAGCAAGAAAAACAACGGUAAUAACGGUAACAACGAGAACGGUAACAAUAUCCACAACAACAAGGAGCCGGGUGCUCCUCCAACGAGGCGCCUGACCCUCCAAGGCGCCAUGGACCACUUGCGGCAGUUCACGGACCCGCUCAUCUUCGGUGGUGACGUUCGCGGCAGCGGCGGCGGCUUCCGCCGCAGCGGUUCCGGCCAUGCCACCGACGGCGGCAGCAGCGGCGUCGGCGUCGGCGGCAGUGGUGGCGGGCCUUUCUUCGGCUUCGGGGGCUUCCGUAAUAGCGGCGGCUUCGGCGGCCUCGGCAGCCUUGGGGCGUUCCGUGGCGGCCGAGUCGGCCCAGUAGGAGGUCCCCGGGGUGGUUCCUUAGACUUUGACCCUGACUCGCUACGUAAGUCCACAGAGCCACUCACAGGGGACGAGUUCCAAAAGUUCCUGGAUACCAUCUCGGCUAAUGUCAACUCCGCAGCCAUCACCUCGGCUGCCUUCAAUUUGGCGAGUGGGACUGUUUACACCGUUUCAGGUGCUUUAAGUACGGCAUCCGUGGCCCUGUCGCUCGUACCGGCCAUCCCCAACCUUUUCUUCGGAUUGUUCAAUCUGGAGGUCCAGGCCGUCUCGUUCCUUCAGGACCUCCAGGAUAAUUUUCAGGGCCUGUUCCUGGACGAACUAACCAACGUGCUGGCCAGCGUUAACGCCUUGCGGGAGAGGAUCCGCUCGGGUAAGAGCCCCCGGCGGGCGUGUGAGAAACACACGCGUCGAUUUAUUCAGAUGCUGGAGACGCAGCUCGAGCAAAUCCGGACGGUUCGCGCCCUCCUUAAGGAUCUGCAGGAGAACAACCCCAUCGCGGCGGCGCUACAGCGCUCUGGAUCUUCGUUGCAGCAGGCAGGCGCAGAUGCGGCGGCCGGCAAUUUACGAGAGGCAGCCGGGGACCUUCAGGCCGCCCAGGAGGCGCACCAGGAGGCGCAGGACAAGUUCGACGAGGUGACCACCGCCGUCAUCGCGUUGGCCAUGGGUGGCUGA